AUGGGAGACUACAAGGCAGCGAACGCGACAGGCCCGAGCGUUGUUAUCGUCGGCGCGGGAGCUGGCGGUGUAGCCCUCGCCGCGCGUCUGGCCGCUGCAGGCUGCAAAGUUACGGUUGUAGAGAAGAAUGAGUUUUCCGGUGGACGCUGCAGUUUGAUUCACCGUCGAGGAUAUAGAUUCGACCAGGGCCCGAGCUUACUGCUUCUACCUCGCUUUUUCCACGAGACGUUUGAGGAUCUGGGGACUUCGCUCGAGGGAGAAGGGGUGAAGCUGGUUAAAUGCGAUCCGAAUUACAAGGUGCAUUUUCAUGAUGAUACAGCGUUUACGCUGUCGACGGAUAUUUCCGUCAUGAAAGAAGAGAUUGAGCGGUUUGAGGGCACGGCGGGGUUUGAGCGCUAUCUAUCUUUUCUGCAGGAGAGCCAUCGCCACUAUGAGGUUUCAGUCAUUUAUGUCCUAAGGAGAAACUUUUACUCGUUGCUGAGUAUGGCGCGGUUGGACUUUUUGGCGCACCUGAUUGAGCUGCAUCCGUUUGAGAGCAUCUGGUACCGGGCGAGCAAGUACUUUUGGACAGAGAGGCUGAGGAGAGUAUUCACGUUUGCGAGUAUGUACAUGGGUAUGAGUCCGUUUGAUGCGCCGGGGACGUACAGUUUGUUGCAGUAUACCGAGCUAGCGGAGGGUAUCUGGUAUCCAAUUGGUGGUUUCCACAAGGUGAUUGAGAAACUUGUGGAUGUAGGUCAACGUCUAGGCGUCGAAUACAUGUUCGACAGUCCUAUCAGCAAAAUUACACUAUCAGAAGAGGGAAAGCGCGCAACAGGCAUCGAAUUCGAAGACAAAAGCAAAGCACCCCUAACAGCAGACAUAGUCGUCUGCAACGCCGACCUAACCUACGCAUACAACCACCUCCUCCCCGCAUCUUCCAUGUCGCGCUCUCUCCUCAAACGCGAAGCCUCCUGCUCAAGCAUAUCCUUCUACUGGGCACUAGACCGCCAAUUCCCCGAACUCAGCGCACACAACAUCUUCCUCGCCGAGGAAUAUCGCGACAGUUUCGACAGCAUCUUCAAAAAGCACCUCAUCCCCGAUCAACCCAGCUUCUACGUCAACGUGCCCUCGCGCGUAGACCCCUCCGCUGCACCUCCAGGUUGCGACUCCAUCGUCGUCCUUGUGCCAGUCGGCCACCUCCAAGACUCCAGCACAAACGCUCACAAAGGCUCCAAGCAUACCGCGGGUCUCACACAAGACUGGGACUCGAUGGUCGCAUCCGCCCGCGACACCAUCCUCCGCACCAUGGAAGCCCGCCUGAAAAUCAACCUCGCACCCCACAUCGUCGACGAAGUAAUCAACACCCCUCCCACCUGGAAGACGCGCUUCAACCUCGAUCGCGGCGCCAUCCUAGGCCUCAGCCACUCCUUCUUCAACGUCCUGAGUUUCCGCCCCAAAACAAAACACUCAAGCAUCAACAACCUCUACUUUGUGGGUGCGAGCACGCAUCCCGGAACAGGCGUCCCCAUUGUGCUUGCUGGUGCGAAAAUCGUAACAGAACAGAUUCUCGCGGGGCUGGGCCAGGAACAUAGGAUUCCCUGGGCCAAAGCGAAGAUUGAUCGAAGAGCGGCGUCGAAUAGUCCCCUGGAUACAGUGCAGCAUGGGCCGUAUUUGAGUUGGCUGGUUUGGAUUUUGAUUAGUGUUUUUAUGACGGUCGUGGCGAUGGGUGGGAUGGGAUCGUGGCGGUAUCAGGGGGGAGAGGGAUUGAAGAGGGAUUGGUAA